AGUUCUUCUGCUUCUCAAUUUUCUCUGCCUUUUAGACUAGUUUGUACAACCAUGUAUCAUGUUGGCUAUAGACUUGAUCCAACUUUGUAUCUGUUUUAUUCUAGGUGUGCUGGGGGAUGUAGGAACUGAAAUAAAGACAGUGAGAGGAAUAGAGGGACGGACUAUAACUCUAAAUACAGGAUUAACUGGACUACAGAAUGAUUCAAUUUUAUGGACUUAUGGUACAGUCAAAGCAGAAACAACAAUUGCUACCCUGAAUGUUGGUAGAAAUAGACCUGAAUACAAUGAGAGACUGAACCUGGAUGCCCAUUCUGGAUCACUGACAAUCAAAAGUCUUACAACCAGCGACUAUGGAAUUUAUGAGCUAAGAGUCAUUAGAGAACAGGUCUGGAAACAGACUUUCAAUCUAACAAUCUAUGCUCCAGUGUCUGCCCCUUAUAUCAGACACAAAACACAGAGUCUCUCAUUGGCCAGCCCGUUAAAACAAGACAGCUGUUCAGUGGUGUGCACUGUGAAGAACGGAAGAGACGUGACCCUGUCAUGGUACAGAGGAGAGGAGAGAAUCAACCAGACCAGCAACCCAGAUACCAACAAAACUCUGUUUUUACCUCUGGAGGUAAAAGUGGAUAAUGACAUUUACAGCUGUGUGGCUAACAAUCCUGUCAGUGACCAGACAAUCAAACUCAGCAUUGAGGAGCACUGUCAGCCACAUUCAGGUCCAACUGAACCGCCGUCAACAACUGUAAACAAAUAUGUCCUGCCUGGGCUGCUGAUAACAGUUUGCUUUAUGACAGUUGGGUUACUGGUAUGGAUAAACGGGAAAAACUGUGACUUAAAACAUCAAGAUACUACUGAUGUAAUCUAUAAAGAUGUCCAACUGUUAUGGAAUACAAAUACAUUACAUUCGACAACAAGGAUGAGAGGUACAGAUGAAGACAGUCACCUGUUAUACCAGCAGGCACCGUUGAUCAGUGUUCUUCACACUAGGGAGACAUCAGCAAUAGGAAUCGUGGAAUGUUGAGUCACUGUGGAUGACAGAACCUGGGAACAACAGAGAGCAAAGUGAAAUUGAAGACAAGUGAAAAUGAUCCUUGGAUCCUUCCUGAUUAAAGGAUUAGAUGCUGUUGGGAGGACCAGACUACUAUGACUAUGAGGGAGUUGGAGGCCCUGUGGUGGAGGACCAGACUACUAUGACUAUGAGGGAGUUGGAGGCCCUGUGGUGGAGGGCCAGACUACUAUGACUAUGAGGGAGUUGGAGGCCCUGUGGUGGAGGACCAGACUACUAUGACUAUGAGGGAGUUGGAGGCCCUGUGGUGGAGGACCAGACUACUAUGACUAUGGGGGAGUUGGAGGCCCUGUGGUGGAGGACCAGACUACUAUGACUAUGGGGGACUUGGAGGCCCUGUGGUGGAGGGCCAGACUACUAUGACUAUGGGGGAGUUGGAGGCCCUGUGGUGGAGGACCAGACUACUAUGACUAUGAGGGAGGUGGAGGCCCUGUGGUGGAGGACCAGACUACUAUGACUAUGAGGGAGUUGGAGGCCCUGUGGUGGAGGACCAGACUACUAUGACUAUGAGGGAGUUGGAGGCCCUGUGGUGGAGGACCAGACUACUAUGACUAUGGGGGAGUUGGAGGCCCUGUGGUGGAGGACCAGACUACUAUGACUAUGGGGGACUUGGAGGCCCUGUGUGUGUGUGUGUGUGUGCCUGUGUGUGUGUGUGUGUGGGGGGGGGGGGGGGGUUAUGUUAACUAGCCAUUUAUUCUGGCCAUAAGUAGUGCUGAAUUUAACAUCAAUGUUAUAUUUGCGAAUAAAUUAAUGUUUUGUU